AUGCGCGUCUCUACAAGCUGCCUCGUAGUCUUGUCGGCGGCUGCUACCUUUGUUUCAUCUCGCCCAAGCGCUUCUUAUCUGACUCAGUCUUUCCGGGUGCUGUUGAGUCCGUCGUACAAAAGACAAAGCAGCUCUACUCCGCAGUGUGCCUCAACCUGCGAUCCUGUCAACGAUGAAGUGAAUGAUGGAUGCCCUAUAACCACAUGCUGCACUCAGACCUUUGAAACAAGCUACUACAACUGCCUCUUAUGUGUUGGCGUUGCAUCGAAUGCUACAGAUUAUACACAGGCACAAGGCGAUUUAGACGGACUCUACGUCUCUUGCUCCGAUUACGGUUAUUCGUUACAAGAGCUCACUCUCCCUGGUCAAAACGCUUCCCGCUCUCUCUCAACUUCCCGUAUUAGAACUUCUACCGUUGUUGGUACUUCAAGUUCACCUGAGUCCGUAGCGCCACCUACGUCCGUAUCAUCACCUACGUCCGCAUCAGCACCUACGUCCAUCUCGACAACCACUAUAAUGUCUUCAAGUACCCCGUUCGCGUCCUCUGGGACGUCGACCUCUGCCAACGGCACUGCGACUUCGUCCACAUCCGAGCCUACAACCUCGAGUGCUGCGCUGGGGCUAAGCACAGGAGGGAGCAGAGUCUUGGCUUUGGUUGCUGUUGCUAUAGGAUUGAUCGCGCUGCGGAACAGCUGA